AAACCCCUCUCUCUCUGUCUCUGUCUCUCUCUCUCUCUCUCUGUCUCUCUUUCCUCUGUCUCUGUCUCUGUCUCUCACUCUCUUUCUCUAUCUCUCUCUCUGCCUUUCACUUUUCACUCUUGUACGCAAAAACCAUCCCUACCCAUCUCUCAUUCAGUCCCUGUUCUGCUAUCUUUUUCCGUUGUAUAUUCAGUUUGGUUCCCGAGAAACAGCAGGAAACAAAAACGAUUAUUGACAGCCAUUUUUCUUUUACCUGUAAUUUUCUCAGCAGCCAAAACCCAACUCGAGGUUUGAAGCUUGUUAUGUUUGUAUAUUAGUAUAGUGAUGGUGGUUUUGAAUGUUAUAAAAAUUUGAAAAAGCUUUGUUUGGUCGACGGGAAAACUAAGGGAAAAGCAGAACGGGGCGCGUUUUUAUUUUUUUAAAGUUCCUGCAUUUUGAGUCUGUGCAGUUUUUCCUUUUCCAUCUCUUUGGGAAUAAAAAGAAGCUGAAAAGUUAAGCCUUCAAUUGUCCUUUUUCUUCUCUCUUUUCUUCUGGUUUAUCUGCAGCCAAACGGAGCAUAAUAUUUCCAUCAUUGUUUCCUGGAAAGUGCUAAAUGCAUUAAUCAUUCAUCGCAUAGUCUCUGCAACUUGAAAUUCUGUUUUUCCACCAAUGGAAUCUUGGAAUCUUGCUUCAGAAGGGAAGAGCCUUUUGUUUUCUGAUGAAUUAGAUUGGUCGGAUGCAUUUCCAAGAAGUCGAAAAGCUUUAAUCCAAUGUGACAAUGGGCUUGUUUCAAGUAGAGAAUCAGUUGAGAGCAUGGAAUUAAUGGAAUUGGGUUUUUCUGAUAUGAUAAGAAGACCUUUUCAUGGUAGUCAAGGUUUGGAGAUAUUGUGUGGUGAUCAGGUUGGUAAUUGUUCUAGUAGUAGAGUUUCUUCUCCUACUUGUUUGAUUACUUCAAAUUCAUCUUUUGGUGAAGAAGAAUCUGGAUCAAAGCUUUCAAGUCCGUUCAUGGAAUCUAUCAGUCAGGAUUCAUCACUAAUUGAUUUGAAGUUGGGGAGAUUUGUUGAUUGCAAAAGUUCACAGAAUCAUGAACAUUCCAAAGAAAAACCCAAUUUAUCUUCUGUAAGGCCUUCCUUGCUGGCUAAGAGAUCCAGGACAAGGGGUUCAUACCCACAGACUCCCUUUUGCCAAGUUCAUGGUUGCAACAUGGAUCUUAGCUCCUCAAAGGACUACCACAAAAGGCAUAAAGUUUGUGAUGUUCACUCCAAGACUGCCAAAGUCAUUGUUAAUGGCAUUGAGCAGAGGUUUUGCCAGCAGUGUAGCAGGUUUCAUCUACUAGCUGAAUUUGAUGAUGGUAAGCGCAGUUGUCGUAGACGCCUAGCUGGUCAUAAUGAACGCCGAAGGAAGCCUCAAUUAGAUAGCCUGUCUGACAAAUCACACAAGUUGUUUCAGUCAUAUCAAGGCACCAGAUAUCUGGGUACUUUACCAAAGCGAACACCCUAUGUUUUUCCAGAUAUACUUCCAGGUGCCAUUCGAUAUCCGGGAAAAUAUGGACAAGCUAACCAGUAUGGAAAUGUCAGAUUAGAAGAUGAGCCACUUUACAGUCCUCAAUUCGCAUUGCCUACUACAAGUAGACAAUUGCAUUCUAAAUCCUUUAUCCAUCUGCAUGACAUUGGGAAGCAUCAUGCUUCUGGAAUUUCUACAUCACGAACUGAGGACUAUGAUUUUGAUACAGCAUCAACCGUUCAGAAAUCAUCUGUAUCUGGAACCUCAAACUCGACUUGUGCUCUCUCUCUUCUGUCAGCUCAAUCACAGAAUUUGUCCUGCCAUUCUGCAGAAAUUCCUACUGCUAGUCCCCUGAUUCAAGGUGCCCAUCAUGGCAUUUCUCAACUUACUGAUAAACCUUUGAGGCUGAGAUCUACGGAAAGAUAUGGAGCAAAUGGAUUCUAUUCAUGUGGAAUGAAUUCAAUGGGAGUAAAUCAGUUGGAGUCCAUAGUGCUUCCUGAAGCCAGUCAGGCUGUUGACUUUCAAGUUCAUGUGGAUAGGGCUUUUCAAGAGUCGGAUUGUUUGGAUGCCAAGUAUUGUCUGUCUCCUGAGCAUGGAUCGACAGUUGAUUUGCUUCAACUUUCAUCACAUCUUCAAAGAGUGGAGAGACAGAGAAACUUUGCACAAAUAAAGCAGGAAAAUGAGGAAUUCUGCUGUUUCCCAACCGCUUAAAGAAACAUUUAAGUGACAAGAGGUUAAGACAAGGCAGACUGUGGAUUUGCUUCAUCAGGUUUCUAACUAACGUUCAUUGUUGGAACUUGCAAUUGAUGAAGUUCUGAUAGAAACUUUUAGGUACCAUUUGUGGUUUAACUAGUUAAAUUACUUUUUUACAAUGGGUAAAUUAGAAAGGGCCAUUGGGAAAUUGCUUAUGUACACGGAUGUGUUAGUUUAUUAAUUGAAAGAGUUGUUUGAAAGUAUCUCCACUCCAAUCUCCAUGUAAAAGUGUUUUUAAUGCUAAUCCAGGAUAUUCCAGUUCUUUGAAUCAUAAAACUCACUCUUACCA